UUUUAUAUUUAGACUUUCUAUAAUGAUAACAUAUAAACUGUAUAUUAUGAAAACAUAUGAACUGCAUGCUAUAUAUAGUCUCUAUAUACAGGCCUAUUAUGAUAAAAUCAACGGUAUGCGCUGAAGAAAUCACAGCAGGUCAUGUGCCGUCCCCUGGAGCGUGAGUCGGCAGUGCUAGGCUAACGCCCGGAGGACUGCGGGGACCAUGGGGGAUGGAGAGGGCAAUGCCCUCCUCAAAGCCGUCUUCCAAGGCAAGCUCAGACUCACCCGCCUGCUGAUAGAGGGCGGGGCUUACAUCAACGAGGGCAAUGAGCGCGGGGAGACCCCCAUCUCGGCCGCCUGCAUCGCGAGCUACGACAACCCGCAGACCCGCAACAAGAUGGUGCGCUACCUCCUGGAGAAAGGCGCCGACCCAAACAUAGCGGACAAGAGUGGCCGAACCGCCCUCAUGCACGCUUGCGCCGAGCAGGCGGGCCAGGAGGUGGUGUCGCUGCUCCUGGACAACGGAGCGGACCCCAGUCUGAAGGACUACUCCGGCUCCUCCGCCUUGGUUCACGCCAUCAACAGGGGCGACCGGGACACCCUCCAGGUGCUGCUGGACGCCUGCAAGGCCAAGGGCAAGGAGGUGAUCAUCAUCACCACCGACAUGUCGCCCUCCGGCACCAAGAAGACCAAGCAGUAUCUCAACUCCCCUCCCUCCCCUGCAAUACUCGACAAGGCCUCCCCGACCUGCAUGUCUCCAUCCCAGGUGGAGGUAGGCACCUCCAACUCCCCGGGGACAGAAAAGGAAAAGGAUGACGAAGGGAUGUUCAGCUUUGCACUGGCCUUACCGUCAGUGCCGUCCCCGGCGGACCGCAGGCCUCCUCCCCGCAAGCUGCUGAAGAGGCUGAACUCUGAGCCUUGGGGACUCGUGGCCCCCACGGUACUGGGGGCUCUUGCUCAGGACAAGGUGGACGUUGGACUUAAAGAGGAAGCAGAUGCGACCAGCCUGUUCGCCUCAGAACCAGACAAACCAGAACCGGAUAGACCUCUGUUAUGGCGGCGGCACAGCAUAGAGACCCACGAUCCCUGUUCACCAAAGCUCACCGAUCGCUCCAGCUCCGAGGACUGGCCGACGCUCCCCAGUUCUUCCUGGGCGGACAAGGUCCAGCAGCACCAGAGUCUGUACCGCAGGAACACCGCCCCUGAGACCCAGGAAAACGCAGCCGCGGCCCCCAAGGCCCUUGUCCACCCCAAGCUGACCCGCAUGGACCACUAUGAGUCCGACAGCCACCUCUGCCCAAAGUCCAUCCCGGGAUCCCCAGACUCAGGAAGAGUGUCCGUGGAGAGGAGGCGCUUCAACGCCUCCCCGUUGUCCCUGCUCGCCUCCUCCUCCAAGGAGUCCCUGGAGAACAUCCCCAACUCGGUGUCCCCGCUCAGCGUUCGCCGGCGGGCCCCGGGGUUGCUGGAGCGGAGGGGGUCAGGGACUCUCCUCCUGGACCACAUCUCCCACACCAGGCCUGGCUUCCUGCCCCCCCUCAACGUCAACCCCCACAGACCCAUCCCAGACAUCAGGGUUCCCCCGUGCAGCGGGAAGAUCCUGGUGCCGGUGGCCCCCGCCUCCCCCAAAAGAGGCCCCGACUUCAAGGUCAAGAAGAAACUGCUGCGGAGGCACUCCAUGCAGACGGAGCAGAUGAAGCAGCUCUCCACCUUCCAGGAAAUCCUGGCUGAGAAGGUUGUCCAGUCAAACGCUGACUAGGAGGAUCCUCCGGUCAAACGCUGACUCAUUCAAGCAACGCAUGUUUGGUAACUAUAACUCCUAGAGGAGUAAGAGGGAUAACCUGUACAACAGACUUCAUCACGUCAAUCAUUUGAAAAAAAAACAUUCAGCCUUGUUUUGUAAGUUGAGCUUUGCUGUCGGUGAGGUCACAUUGAACCUAGAAGAGUUGAGAACAGUUGUGUGACUUAUUUAAUGUUUACAAAUGCACAAUUUGCACCAAUGGCAUUUCCAUUUUUCAGAGUAAAAGAUGUGAAAGGCCAAUUGUGAAAUGUGAAAUGAUAUGAGCCAACAGACUUAGUACUUCAGCCCGGUAUGCCACUGGUCUAAUCUACCAAAUCAUUUGCGGAAAUAUAUUAACAUAGAUUCAAAUUUACGCAUUGAGGUGUUUACAAGAAGAGCUAUCUUUUGUUUAUUAGUGGAUGAAGUUAUAAUUAUGAUGUAUGAUUCAUUAUGAUUAUGAUGUUGAUUCCAAUAUGGAGUAUUGUCAAUCUAUACGCUGAAAUAAUGUUUUACUGGUCUGUUCACUAAAACUGUCCUUUAUCAACUGACCUCAGUUACACAGAACCUUUAUUCAAAGGAUGCUUCAGAGCUAUGUAACAUUCUGUCUGAUCAGGCAGAGAUUUCUUCUUAGAGUUCUUAGAUAUGUUACAUCCUGUCUGAUCACACAGAGCUAUGUAACAUCCUGUCAGAUCACACAGAGCUAUGUAACAUCCUGUCUGAUCACACAGAGCUAUGUUACAUCCUGUGAGAUCACACAGAGCUAUGGAACAUCCUGUCUGAUCACACAGAGCUAUGUAACAUCCUGUCUGAUCACACAGAGCUAUGUAACAUCCUGUCUGAUCACACAGAGCUAUGUAACAUCCUGUCAUAUCAGUCAGAGAUAUGUAACAUCCUGUCUGAUCACACAGAGCUAUGUAACAUCCUGUCUGAUCACACAGAGCUAUGUAACAUCCUGUCAUAUCAGUCAGAGAUAUGUAACAUCCUGUCUGAUCAGGCAGAGCUAUAACAUUAGGCAGAGCUAUUCAACAUCCUGUCAGAUCAGACAGAGCUAUGUAACGUUGUGUCUGAUCAAACAGAGCUAUGUAACAUCCUGUCGGAUCAGGCAGAGCUAUAACAUUAGGCAGAGCUAUUCAACAUCCUGUCAGAUCAGACAGAGCUAUGUAACGUUGUGUCUGAUCAAACAGAGCUAUGUAACAUCCUGUCUGAUCAGGCAGAGCUAUAACAUUAGGCAGAGCUAUUCAACAUCCUGUCAGAUCAGACAGAGCUAUGUAACGUUGUGUCUGAUCAAACAGAGCUAUGUAACAUCCUGUCGGAUCAGGCAGAGCUAUAACAUUAGGCAGAGCUAUUCAACAUCCUGUCAGAUCAGACAGAGCUAUGUAACGUUGUGUCUGAUCAAACAGAGCUAUGUAACAUCCUGUCGGAUUAGCCAGAGUCGGCCGUCACACACAAUGUGAAAUCUGUCACCAGAGCCAGGUUCAGAUUUCAUGUUCCUGCAAAAUAUUAUAAAUACUUGUUGAUAAAAUGGCGCCGGGUGCAAUAGAAGCCCCUUUUUUUUUUUAAUGCUACGUAGCGGUUGCCAGUGAAGGAGUCUGUAUUGUUUAGCUUGAAGAGAUGAAUGAAUCCCAAUAACAAUGCUUUGCCAGCUCACAUGGUAGCCCCACCUUCGCAAUGGGUGUAAUGAAGGCCAGCGAAGCUCUGGCUCUAUUAAGAUGCUAACUAAAGGAUGAGGGAGGAUUUAGAUUGAAGACAAACUCAAUUCAUCCCCAGUGUCAUUUGGUAAUUGCAAGUAAACUCAUAAGGCCAUUACUCCUGUAACCUUUGAGAAACCGAUUCCUGGAAUAUGAAGUUACCUGGCAAGGAUUAGUUGUUGGAAGAUAUAUUGAUAUGUUUUGUGGUUUGAUUUAAUUUGUUUGCAUUACUUUACAUAGUAAAUUCCAAAGAAAGACCAUGGACAACGAAUGUUGAUCCCACCAACCCUGAAAGAGACUGCUGUGAAUUCCUCACAGACUGUAUAAAGUGUACAGAUGAGAUAAACCUCAUAUUUUAUGAAAUACUGUAUGUGCAAUAUAGGCGGUACUGUAACGAUCCAACCAAGUGUCAAGUGUACUUUACGUUCACGUUUAAACAGUUGAGUUAAAAUGGUUCACAAGUAGAACCUUGAGCUAUGCUGAGAGAUGCACCAACCAUAGAACCCUAGUCUAAUCUGGUUAGUGUACUCUACAGGUAACUUCCCAUCAUCUGGAGGUCCUGUUCUUAAUAUAUUGUUAGUCUACCAUACAAGUAACCAAUCAUCAUCUGGAGGUCGUGUUCUAAGUAUCUAAUUUACUCUGGUAAAAUAUUCAAAGUGUCUGCUAAAUUAGUCUAAUCUACAGGUGACUAGCAUCUGGAGCUCUGGUUGUAAACAUUUGGUUAAUAUCCUCUACAGGUAACCCACUUUCAACUGGAGGACCAGUUGACAAUAUCUAGUGAAUAAUAUACUGUACAGGUAACCAACCUAUCAUCUGGAGGUUCGGUUCUAAACACCUAGUCGGUCAAUUAUACAGGUAACCUAUCAUCAUCUGGAAGGACUUGUUCUAAACACCUAGUUAGUCUAUAGAACAGGUAACCAACCUAUCAUCUGGAGGUUCUGCUCUAAACGACUAGUUAGUCUAUUAAUCAGGUAACCAACCAUCAUCUGAGGGUCCUUCUCUAAACACCUAGUUAGUCUAUUCCACAGGUAACUUACCAUAACCCGGGGAUCCUAUUCUAUACAACUAGUCAGUCUACUGUACAGGUAAUCAACGAUCAUCAUCAUGUUGUGUUGUGGACUGCCCUGACCGUUCAGCAACAUCUCCAACUGCUGCGUCCGAAGUGCUGAAGAUUUGACUUUGUGCUGAAUAAACGUCUGUAAAUUACUUGAAUUUUAUGAUGAAUCUAAACAAAACGAAAACAUUUUUUUGUAUGCCUGUUAUGAAGUAGUAAAUUAUAUGUAGGUACUCUAUUUUUUGUCUUUUACCCCAAUUGUAAUUUAAUGUGGAAUAAACGUCCAUGUUCAGAUGUAUCAAACCAAA